AGUACGUUUUAGAAUGAAUUAAAAGGCUCCAGGUGAUAAAAGAGGUUGGACUAUUUCCCGUUUGUCUGACCGCUUCGUAACCCAUCAGAAUUUCAAAAUCAUCAACUCUCUCUCUCAUGGAAAAAGGCAAAGCCGCGGGGGCCUUAACAACAUCGUUACAGAAACUUGAUUUGAACCUUAGCUCUAACAAACCCAAGUUCACCAACAAUUCCAUUCCCACCCUUCAAUCCUCCGUAUUAUCUCUUAAGAGGACAAAACCUCCCACUUUGGUCAGCUUAUGUCUGGGUGUUGUGGGGAAGCAUUUUGAGGAUAUCAUUGAGGACUUGGGCGAGAUUGCUGCCAGCUUUCCUGCUGAUAUUAAGAUGGCAAUGGCAGCAAUUGCGCGGAGAAGAAAAUUAUUGGACGAUGACGUCAUUAUAGCAUUGGCUGACAGUUCUUGGGAAAUCCUUGAUUUAUCUGGUUCAGAUGUUUCUGAUUUUGGCUUAUCAGAAGUGGCGAAAAUAUGCAAAUCUGUCCGAGCCGUGGAUAUAAGCCACUGCAGCAAAAUCACAUCGCUUGGUGUUUCCGAACUUGUGCAGCACUGUCCUUCGUUGGAGAUAUUGAGAUGCGGAGGGUGCCCGAGGAGUGACUCCACCGCACGCAGAUGCCUGGGUAUCUUUAAACCAAAAUUAAAUGAUGUAGAGGGAGAGUCUUGGGAGGAACUUGAUACCUCAGAGAUUGCUCAUGGUGCAGAGUCACUGCGCUGGCUUCUAUGGCCAAAGAUCGACAAGGAUUCAUUGGAGACUUUGUCAACUGAAUGCCCGCGCAUUAUUGUAAACCCCAAGCUGUCACCGUUUGGGUAUAGGGGGAUUGAAGUUCCAAGGGGAGCACUACCAAAUGCAGCACUUGAUGCUCCUUUUGUCGAGGAUGUUGAUCCAAAAACAUGGGCAGUUUCUGGGUUUACAGCUAAGGUCACCUCUACAUCUGCUUCAAACUCUAGUGAAUUACCGAUGGCUGAAAAAUUUAGACUGGCGUUUGUGGAGAGAGAUACACGGUUAGCACCAAAACGAGCAAAGAAUGCGAGGCAACACCAGCGUCGUGCAGAGAAGGAAUGGGUAACGGCGAGUACAAGAGCAAAAGCAAUAGCUCUUGCCUCACAAGUCGGCAAAUCCCUACACAAUCGAAACUAGUCAUGGAACAAUGUGUCUCUUCUGUUUGUGUUGUAUAUCAUAGAAAUGUAACAUAUAUUUUUCGCUUUUUUUUUUAGUGGUUUGGGUUGCCCAUUUUAUGUUGUACUACAAUUUGCAAAUCGAUCAACGUCGGAUGAGAACUCUUUUCCUGCUUGUUUGUGCGGUUUGCAGCAACCUUGGCUAAAUGUUGAAGAACUGUAUGAACUUAUCUAUAUGAUGAGGGCGACCAUGUAAUUGAUCGGUAACCCGGCACACUGGCACACUUAAUUAUGAAUGGAUUAAGUAUUUAUCAAAUUAAGUGUGCACUGAAAAUUAAAAAUAAUAAGCGCGAUUUAAAA